AGGCGUCGGUGAUCAGUCAGUGGUCGCAGACUCACAGCUGAAAUUUUGAAAUUGGGCUGAUGGCCCAAGUUCUAAACCUGAUACUCGGGAGGUGGUGGGCCUUGAUCGACCCGGUCCGCUAGAACGUGAACAAAAUCAGCACGUGACGGUUGACGAAACAGCGAGAAGAAGCAGAGGGAAUUAGGGUUUUAGUACGAAUUUGUGGGAAUAGCUUUGGUGAUUACUCCAUCUGGGAAUCUGAAGAAGAAAAGCGACAAUGAUCUACGACGUCAAUUCACCUCUCUUCAGGUCCUUCCUUAGCCAGAAGGGUGGUUCCUCUGACAAGAGGAAAACUGAGGAGCAGAAACCGAGGGAACAGAAGCCAAAAGCUAGUGAAAACAAGCCUGUUAUGAACGAGUGAUGACCUUGAUUGAGCUUUGGCAUCAGAUAGGAAUCUUUUAGAGGAUUAUAAUGAACUACUAUAUGAAGUGUGUUUGGUUACCGAUGAGACUUGUACUUGGGGUUCUGUAAGAUAUUCCUUCGAAUGUGCUGUUGAGAGAUACUAGAUGUUAUGGGCAGUUCUUCUGAAUGCACGAUGCUUUUAUCCUUUCAUGUUUGGAAGCCUGGGGCUUGCGAUAGCGGCCUUCUUUGGAAUUGCAUGUAAAUUUACCGGCUCCAACGUGGUUUUCAUCU